UUCUUUGCAAGGACAGCAGGCAAGCAAAACUACCCACUGUUUCACUUCAAUUCUAGUGAAUUUCUCCUACGCAAACCAGUUUCUUACUUUACGCUGAAAUACAAGAAGGCACGGCAUGCUGGAUGAAGCGCUGACGUUGUGGAAGCGAAGCCAGCUCAAAAGAAGUAUUUCAAGUGCCGUGCAGCGCAAGGGCCUGCUAAUGUGUUUUGUGCUACUUGCGGCUGCAACUGCGUCCAAAAGUGUAGGCCAUCAACCAUGUGCAAAAAUUAAAAGCCAGUGCAGGAAUCAGCACACAAGACCGAAUUGUCUGACAAAACAUGGGACGGAAUACUUCCAAUGCUCCCCGAAGAAUCAAGAGUGCCACUUCGCAUGGGGAAGACAUUGUGAAGAUUUUAUUUCGAUUUCCUGUUAUAUUAGGAGAAACUACUGCGAAUGCUUAUGCGAGGUUCGAUCCAACAGCAAGCCGAAGGUUCCACGUCCCGGCAGCCCUAGACUACAAGUUCGCCAAAAUGUUAAUGGAAGACGCCAGUGAUAUCAACAACAGUUACGAGUCUCUAUCUACAAUCUUUCUUCGCAGUCUCAAGUAUGCAUUCUGUCCUGAACAUUCGCAACGUACUUGAAUAACAUAGAGCUGGAAUGUUUGAUGUCUACUCACGUUAAAAGACAGGGCGUGCAGUCACGGAUACAAGAAAGAAGUCAAGACACCAUGAACGCCGACUAACAACUGAAAAGGCACACAGCGGCCACUGUUACAGAACGUCUAAAGAAGUCCGUUUUAUUAACUCCCAGCAUGGUUGCUGAAAGCAACAGUAAAAAACGUGUUGUAGGUAUUCCUUACAUUCAUGUGCAUCCCAUAGGCUAUAGAAAGUGGGAAGUACAUACCGUUGCUUUAAGGGCUCUCAAUAAGCUAGUUAAGAUAUGCGGCGAUGUGCAGAGAAAGAAUGAGCAGGUAAUAGACAGAAGCGGACUGACAUUUGUUUCGUAAAACGCCAACAAAUUCACUGAUUCCCAUGCAGGUGUAGUGUAUAAGGUUCCUUUUAGCUGCAACCGCUUUAAAGUUGAACAUGUAGGCCGUUGUAAACCAGAAAUUAUUGGAACUUAAGAGAUCACUAACCGGAGGCUCACCAGCUAAGUUAGCUUUAGAUUGUCGAGAGUGUAUAUGCACGCCGAAAUUCGUUGAAUGCGCUGUUUUGUAAAGGCACAAGAAUGAAGAAACGCGUCUAGUAGUUGAGGCAUGGCAUAUCAGUAAUAGUGAUAGCGCACGUGUGAGCCAAUCGUCGAUUUACCUGCAUAAAGAAGCCAAAUGCGUGAACUGUCCUCUCUCACGGAGACCCCUACACGUGCCGGAUUGAUAGGUAUCGCCUCUUCGUUGGGAAUGCGCAGAUGAGGUUUCGUGCCUACUUUGUUUUCCACCACUGUGGGCCUUUUAGAUGCGAAGUAUCUUAAGGCGGAGCUCA